AUGAAAGGCCACUUGAAAGAAGCCAUUGAUGUUGGCUCCAUAUUCUCUACACCAGUUAGUUACUCAGACGACACAAACACCUCCCACAAAUUAAGCUCUGUAUUAUUGAAUGAGUUCAACUACCUUUCUUGGUCAAGGGCUGUACCCAUUGCCCUUGAUGGAAGAUCUAAAUUGAGUUUUAUCAAUGGUUCAACUGUUUCUCCUGAAGUGAAUGAUCCGGGGAAUAUGAAGCAUGGUUGUUCAAAGACCAACUGGAUUUUCCAGAUCCAUCGUGAAGUUGCCAGCCUUCACCAAGAAGACAAACCUUUUGUUCAAUUAUUGGGUAGUUUUAAAAACUUGUGGAAUGAAUUGGAAAUGUACAGACCUCACACUACAGAUGCCACCAUACUACGAAAAAGGACUGAGGAGGACAAAAUUUUUCAGCUAUUAGCGAGUCUCAGUUCAGAUUUUAAAGAUCUGCGAAGCCACAUUCUAAUGAACCCUGAACUACCCACUUUUAAAUUAGUGUGUGCCACCAUUCAACGUGAAGAAAUACACAGAAAAGUAAUGACUCAGGAAGCUGGUGUGUCGGAUACUCGUGCUUAUCAAACCAAGUUGCUGCCGCGAGACAAGAGUUCUAGAAAUGCUGAUCAUGGUCAGUACAGGUCACUAUCUGAGAAUAAAGCUUACAAAGGGAAACAACCUGAUUCCAAGUGCCAAUACUGUCAUAAUAUUGGUCAUCAUAUGGAUCGUUGCUGGCUUCUACAUCCCGAACUCAAGCCUAAAUUUGCAAAGGAUUUCAGGAGGCAAACAAGACGUGCAAACAAUUCUAAGUCAUACCUUGCCCAUAAUAAUUCCAACCACACCGAGAUUUUUCCUGCUACUCCGGGAACCUUGAUAUCUGAUUUUGCAAAUUAUUUGCAAGACAACAGAGAUAGACCUGGAAAACAAGGUAAACUACUUGCUUUUAUGACUGCGUUAGAACUUGUAAAUUUGCAUGAUCUUUGGAUAAUUGAUUCGGGUGCCACUGAUCAUAUGUCCAAUAAGUUAACCAGCAUCCAUGAUUUUAAAUCCUUUGUUCGUCCCACUUUUGUGUCUGUUGCUAACGGAAAAAAUGCUUAUGUUAAGGGAAAAGGAAAACAAGGAGAAGUUUUGUCCAAUUUUUUUCCUUUGCCCAGUAUUGAGAACACUAAUCAUCUUCUGUCUAUUGUUCUUAGUAUUGAUUGUGUUCUUCCCAAUUCGGACCAACACACUCAAUCUUCCACUGGAUUCAUACCCAACAAUGAUGGUCUGGGACAGAAUCAACUUCCAGCUGCAACUAAUCCUGCUUCUAAUCCCAGCAAUGAUAUUCUGCAGAUUGACCAACAGAUUCACCUCCAGUCUGCCAUUGAUUCCAGCAAUUCCACAAGUGACCAUAUCAGUAACUCAGAACUGCUUGAUGCUCUUGAUGCUCUGCCAUUCACUAGAAGAGUUUCUAUUCGAACACGUCAACCGUCAUCACGCAUGCAAGACUAUGUCACCUACAACGCCAUGCAUGAAGAAUUAAAGGCUCUUACUGAAAAUCACGCAUGGAAUAUAGUCUCAUUACCUGCUGGAAAGGAAGCUGUUGGAUGUCGUUGGAUAUUCAAGACAAAGUUUAAAUCAGAUGGGACAGUUGAUCGCCAUAAAGCUUGUUUAGUGGCACAAGGUUUUACUAAAAAAUUUGGUGUUGAUUACAAGGAGACAUUUGCUCCUGUGGCCAAGAUGACCACUGUUAGAGUUUUACUUUCAGUUGUUAUCAACCAAGGGUGGCCUCUCUUCCAAAUGGAUGUCAUCAAUGCAUUUUUACAUGGAGAUCUUGAAGAGGAAGUGUUCAUGAAACUUCCUCCCGGACAUCCUCACAGUAGAAACUCUAUGUUGGUUUGCAAGCUUCACAAAUCUAUUUAUGGCUUGAAGCAGAGCUCUUGUGCUUGGCAUACAAAAUUAAGCAUUGCUCUUGAGAGUCUCGGUUUUACAAGAAGCUCUGCAGAUUCCUUUUUGUUCAUUAAAAUUGUUUCUGAUCAUACACUAGCUGUACUGAUAUAUGUCGAUUAUCUUAUUAUAACAGGGAGUAAUGAAGCUUUCAUAGCCCAGCUUAAACGGUCUCUCCAGCAGCAAUUUUCGAUAAAAGAUCUUGGUUCAUUGAAAUAUUUCUUAGGCAUUGAAAUGGCAGCCUCCCGUAAAGGACUUUUUCUCAAUCAACGUAAAUACAUCAUUGAUUUAUUGCAGGAUGUCGAUAUGCUGCACACGAAGCCUGUUGCCAACCCUUUAGACAGUAAAUUAACAUUGGACUCUUCCAGUAAAUCUCUUGUUUCUUGCACUUACUAUCAGCAAAUUGCAGGAAACUCUCUUGAUCGUCGAUCUACCACUGGAUAUUGUAUGUUUAUUGGUGGUAAUUUGGUGUCCUGGAAAAGUAAGAAACAAUCUAUCGUUGCUCGGUCAAGUGUUGAAGCAGAAUAUCGUGCUAUGGCCUCUGCUGCCUGCGAAUUGAUAUGGCUUAAACAACUUCUUGCUGAUUUCGGUUUUCAUGGGGUUACUCCCAUGACAUUGUUUUGUGACAAUCAAGUUGCCAUGCAUAUUGCGUCCAAUCCGGUGUUUCAUGAACGUACAAAGCACAUCGAAGUUGAUUGUCACUACAUUCGUCAACAGGUUCAAGCCAAACUUAUUUUACCCCAGUAUGUUCGUUCUCAUAAUCAAUUAGCUGAUGUGCUCACAAAAGCGUUGUCAUCUAUUCAAUUUCACCAGUUGUUGAGCAAGCUUGGAUCUACCAAUCCGCUCGAUCCAGCUUGA